AAGUGGAAAGAAUAUUUUUCUGUAUUUACACACUAAGAAAUCACUUGUUUUUCCUGUUUAAAUACUGUGUUUCAACUUCAAGACCUUGAAAUCAGAGCUCCAUGGAAAUCUGAUAGUUUCGUGAAGAACAAGGGUUGUUCUGCUUAUAUUCGAAGUAGGCUGCCGUUGGAUUUGACCUUCCUGCUGCCUGGUUUUGUUUUUCUUUCUUUUUUUUUUUUUUAAAGAAAAACAGAGUUGCUGCUUUAGCACUCUGCAGCAACACGUAUGGGAAAAUCAAGUGUGUCCCAUUUAUGACAACUAUGAUCUUUCAGCUAUUGUCUUCUUCUUCUUCUUCUUCUGUAGAAAAAGAGAGAGCGAAAACCCCUUUACUCAAAGAUUAAACUUCAGCUCCAAAUCUUGAGCUCAUUCCUCUCUCCGCCUCUGCUUUCAAACUCUCUGUUCGAAGUCAAUGCACCGUCUCCUCUUUUUCUUUUAAGUUUUGUGCUCUGUAGCUUCACAUGGGCGUCGGAAUUCUCUGCAAAUUUUGUGUCUUUUCUUCCUUUUGCACCGAUUUCUCUUCUGGGUUUCCCGUCCGAGCAUUAGAUUGUGGAAGGAUUGUUUAUUUUUAGAAGACAAGACCAUGGAAGUAUUGAUGAUUAGAAACUGAGGCUGGAGAAACAUGCCUCUGGACGGUGUCAAAUCAGUGGUUUGUAGAUCAUUUAUCACUUGUGAUGAUCCAAAAGGGGUGGUUGAUUGCAAUAUAUUCAAGAUAUCCAAAGUAAAUUCUAAGAAUUUGGAACGGAAGGUUAGAGGCCGUAGGAGAAGUAGAAAUCCAAAUGAGGUUUUGGUAUCUCAGGUAGAGAAAGAGGAGCUGAUCUCUAAUGAAAAAGAUGGCCAAUCUUCUCUUCCAUUCAUGGAGGUCUGUCAAGGGGCUGAGAAGUUGAACCAUAUGGUUGGUUCAUGGUCUAAUGGGAUGAGAUCUGCCAGGAAAACUGAGGAGAUUGCUGAGGAAUUGUUGGAAGGAACUUCAAGUUUUAGAGAAUCUCUUAUUAUGCUGGCCAAGUUGCAAGAAACUUCGAAUGAGUCGGUUCAGUUAAAGACGACGUAUCGAAAAAGCUUUUCUUGUCAUCUUGAAGAUGAAAGUUUCCCAGUUGAGGUUCAAAGAUCAAAGCUUUCUAUACAUGGUUCUUCCAGAAAUGGACCUGAUGAGGUAAAGAAGGUGAUCAGAGACAACCUAGUGAGGCGAGAUACGAAACGAAAUGUUGCGGUUGGUGAAGAGUCUUGUUUUCAUGAUAUAAAUUUUGACUCGGGGUCGGAGAUUCCAUCGACAAGCUCGAGCAAAUCUUCAUUGAUUAGUGACAAUGUCAACUGUUGUCAUGUUUCAACUUCUGGACAGAAGAAUUUGAAACGUAAUAAUCUGAUUGCUAAGCUUAUGGGGCUUGAAGAAAUUUCAUCAAGAUCACUGCAAACUACUCCAAAGGAGGGAACUUUGAGAGAAAUACUUGAAAAAAUGCCCUUCAACAGGCUUAUAGAGAGUGACCCUGAUAAAGAGUUUAAACAUCAUGGCUCUCACUCCUACAAUCAUUAUGGUUCCAAACAAAGGUUGGAAAACAUAUUGCCAAUUGUGUUGAUAAAACACAAGCCUUUUCCACCUAAUGUAUUCAAGGAACACCGAGCACACGUCUCCUCGAACGAGGAUGUUUUCGACCAACAAGCUAUGCUAAGAAGCAUGAAAAAGAAAGAACCGAAGCAUAAAGAAGUAAAGAAAUUAAGAAAAGGUACUGUUGAUGCUAAGCAAAAGGCUGCAGAGAAGUUGAAAAGAUGUAGUCCAAUGCCUGAUAUGCCCCAUGAGAAGGAGCCAAUUCAUAAGAAAAUUCUUACGUCAAAGAAAUUGACUACAAAAGAAAAGGUUGUGUCAAGACCACAGCAUGAAGAAAAAGUAUCAUCCACUAAUCCAAGGAAGAACAGAACUCAUAAACAACGAAGCUCCAUUCCAGAUUCUAAGCCGGGACGAGCAGUGAGACCGAUAUCUAAUGAUCGUGACUGCCAGAAAAAGGAGGCAGCAGUGCCUGCUCGUUCAGAAGUUAAUUCAUUUACUCACAUGGUUGAAGCCAAGAAAGAUCAUGACAAUACUGAUACAAAUGAAAGUGCUAACCUUCCAAUAAAUCAACAUUCUGCCACCCUUAUGGCUUUAACUAGUAUCGAGAAUGAAAUCGACGAGUGUGAUACAAAGAUUAUAGAAUGCUGCAAGGAGAGCCCAAACUCUCACUCGCUGUUGAGCCCCAAACUCGAGAUCAACACGAGUAUAGACGAAGCUAUUGAUCCCAACAGUCACACCGAAACAGAUAUCGAGAUCAACACGAGUAUAGUAGAAGAUAUUGAUCCCAACAGUCAUACCAAAACAGAUAUCGAAAGCUGCGAUCAAGGAAUCAAUCUAAAAGCAUUGCUUUUGAGAAGUUCCUCAUUUCUCUUUCAUGUAGGGGAGCUUUUUGAUCUGAAUCUAAAUGGUAGAACAAUGGUGCAGGCAGCAUCUCGCUGCAAUGAUCCUGAAGAAGCCCCCAAUACGAAACCUUUUAUUGAUUAUGCUAUCGAAAUCGUCAAACGUAAAGGCCGUGAUGACUCACAAGUAGCCAAUUCUUUAUUGCUAGGAGAUAGGUGCAAAACAAAGACAGAGAUCUCUGUAGAAAUACUGGUGAAGGAAGUGAGCGACGAGAUCGACACUCUAACGAGUUACCAAACGAUUCAGGGCGGUAAUGUUGUUGUAGAUACUGUAUAUGCAGUGUUAAGUAGAGACCUAUGGUGCAAAGAAGUGAUGAAUGGAAUGUGGGGUUUUGGUUGGAAGAAUGGAUCUUCCAAAAGUGAAAGAGAGGAAGUUGUGAAUGACAUAGAGAAACUGAUUUUGAGUGGUCUGAUUGAGGAAUCCUUCACAUAACAACAGAAAACUGUAUCUUCUAGUUUGUAUAUACUAAAAGACUUUCAAUUACUAUACCCCUAAUCUUUACAUUUCCAAUGCAUACUCGAGGAAAAAGUUAUCACAUUAAAGCA